AUGAUUGUUGCAGGGCUCAUAGCAGCUGGGAAAGAGGGCAUUGAGAUGGUAUGCACAGAUGGUAAAGUUCGGAGAGUUCACCCUCUCCUGGCUGUGUACGUCGCCGACUAUCCAGAGCAGUGCCUGGUUGCAUGCUGUAAAGAAAAUAGGUGCCCACACUGUCUCGUUGAUUCAGAUGAGCACGGCAGUCCGGUCGAAUCACUUUUUCGAGAGGUCAGGGCCACGUUGGAGAUACUAGAUGAACACAAGAGAGGUAAGGAUACAAAGGAGUUUGACGACGAGGGAUUGCGCACUGUGUACUCACCAUUCUGGGCUGAUCUCCCCCACUGCGACAUAUUCUCCUGCUUCACACCUGACCUCCUCCACCAACUUCACAAGGGUGUAUUCAAGGACUACCUUGUCGAGUGGUGCACAACCCUUAUCGGCGCGGAAGAGCUUGAUGCAUGCUUCAAAGCCAUGUCUGGAAGCCCUGGCCUUUGUCACUUCAAGAAAGGGAUUUCGGGUGUGUCACAGUGGACCGGCACUGAGCAUAAAGAAAUGCAGAAGGUGUUUCUCAGUGUUCUGGCUGGUGCGGUCAGCUGGGAGGUCUUCAGUGUUGCAUGCACUCUCAUUGAUUUCAUCUACUACUCUCAAUUUCAAUCCCACACCACCACCUCUCUCAACACACUUGAAAACUGUCUGAAAACAUUUCAUCAGCACAAAGCAAUCUUCAUCCGCCUUGGUUUUCGAGAACACUUCAACAUACCCAAACUCCAUGCCAUCCUUCACUACAUCAACGCCAUCUGUGCCCUCAGUUCCACAGACAGCUACAAUUCUGAAUCCCCCGAGCACCUGCACAUCGAGUUUGCAAAGGAGGCAUAUCGCACUAGCAACAAACGAGACCUGACGGAGCAAAUGGUGCUGUGGCUGCAAAGGCAAGAGGUGAUGUGGAUGCGGGAGGGCUAUGUGAUGUGGCUUGAGAGUGGACUUGAAGCCAUGCUGUGUGAGAGUGGGGUAGAUGAUGGGGUGGAUGGAGAGGACAAUGAUAACACUGGUGUGGACGUUCCCACAUCCACCCUGGAUGCGCCCACAACGUCGUACACAAUUGCCAAGAAGGCACCCUUCAAGAAUGUGCCUAUCUCACGGUUAGCUUCCGACUUCAGCGCUGUUGACUUCAUACCCGCACUCACCACCUUCCUUCGUGAACACCUUCCUCGCUGCAACAUCACCCCGAAUGUUCAUGACACAUAUGACCUCUUCAAGCAGCUGUAG